GUCAGACACACUUCCUGUUAAGGAAAUUCGUGAUUUGUUUGCCUUGCAAGGCAUUUAAUAGUUGAAAAUGGAGAGUCCUCCGUCUAUUGAGACGGUUCAACAAGCUCUCCAAGCCUUGUAUAGCGAUCCAGAUGUUGUUGGAAAAGAAAGAGCUUCCGUAUGGCUGGGAGAGCUUCAAAGAUCGGUCCACGCUUGGCAGAUUGCAGAUCAGUUGCUGACAUUGCAUCAGAGUCUGGAGUCGUGCUAUUUUGCAGCCCAAACUAUGAGAACAAAGAUACAGUAUGCCUUUCAUGAGUUGCCUGAAAAUGUGCAUCAGUCAUUGAGGGACUCUCUGCUGGAACACGCUGGGAAGGUGACCUCGGACACUGCACAUGUGAUUGUUACCCAGCUAAGUUUGGCGCUUGCAGACCUUUCACUUCAGAUGCCCUCAUGGAAGAAUUCAGUACAGGAUCUGGUCCAAAAAUUUGGUUCCAAUGCAUCACAGUUGUCAUUCCUGCUGGAAGUCCUUAUAGUUUUACCAGAAGAGAUCAGCAGUAGGUCGCUGCGUCUCGGAGCCAACCGUAGACAGGAGGUGAUAGAGGAGCUGAAAACUGCCUCACAAGUCAUCAUGCAGCUACUGAAUGGCUGCAUAGAGAAUAUGUCUUCAGAUGUGCAGAUCCAAACCAAGGUGCUGAAAUGCAUGAGCAGCUGGUACAACAUUGACGCCAUUCCGGAACAUGUGGUGCACACAAAACUCUUCUCGGCUCCAUUUGAUGCACUGGUGGCCAAGGACUGUUCCAGUGGUCUACAUGAGGCAGCCACUGAAUGUAUCUGUAGUGCCCUCUACUGUGUAGAAGACAUGUCCAGCCACCCUGCCAAAGCUGAGGCGUUGUUCAACGCUGUGCUGCAUUUGUCAGAACCCUACCACAGAACUGUAGCAGAGGAAGAUAUUGACAAGUCAUUAAAUUACACCAGAAUAUUCACAGAGCUAGCAGAGUCGUUUUUAGAAGCCAUCACUACUGCACCAAAUAAGGGUCUUGGAGAUUUCCGAGUCUUAGAACUACUGCUCAUGUGUGUGGGGCAUUACCAAUAUGAGGUUGCAGAGGUUACAUUCAACUAUUGGUACAAGUUGUCAGAAGACCUGUACCAGAAGAACAGCAGCGAGUUGAACGAGGUGUUCAAGCCGUACAUACAGCGACUGAUCAUAGCCCUGUGUGAACACUGCACCAUGGACCCCGACCAUGAAGGAGUUUUAGAGGCCUCAGAUGACUUCUAUGAUUUUCGACAGCGAGUCUCAGAACUAAUCAAAGAUGUGAUAUUUAUUGUCGGUUCAUCAACCUGUUUUACUCAUAUGUUUCAAAAUUUGAAGAAUCAAACAACGCAGUCCACGUGGGACAUGUCAGAGGCGUCAUUGUUCAUAAUGGCAGCAGUGGCGAAGAACAUUCUGCCAGAUGAGAACGAGGUUGUCCCCCAGGUAGUGCAGGCUGUAAUGUCCAUACCAAACACAGCGCACAUCGCAGUAAGAUGUACCACCUUGCAGCUUCUAGGGGAGCUCUGUGAAUGGAUAGAAUCUCACCCACACGUAAUUGACCCAGUGCUGCAGUACCUGUUAGCUGGCCUACAGGAACCCAGACUGGCGUCUGUAGCAGCCACGUCGCUACAGAGCAUCUCCACCGUGUGCAAGGAUCACAUGAAGACACACUGCGAGGGGCUCAUACACAUCGCGCAGGCUGUGGACACAUUCAACAUCUCCAAUGACGCUGCAACUGGUCUUCUCAGAGGAGUUGCCACCAUACUUGCCACGAUGCCCCAUGACAAGUGUACAGAGGGCAUGAGUCAGCUGUGUAGCUUCCAAACAAAUGGCCUCAGCAAGCUGCUGACCGGUGGUUCAGAUACGCCCAAGCAAGGGGCUGCUGAUGACCCCACAGUCUGGCUGGACCGACUGGCAGCUAUAUUCAGAUACACCACUCCAUUAGUAGAGAAUGGCUCAGUGCACCCAUGUUUACCUGUGAUACAAGAGGUAUGGCCAGUUUUAUCCCAGGCCUGUACAAAGUACCAAGCAGAUGUUCGGAUCAUAGAGAGAUGCUGUCGAUGUAUACGCUUUGCUAUCCGCUGCCUUGGAAAGUCCUCUUCACCGCUCUUGCAACCUUUAGUACCACAGAUGGUGACGCUGUACCAAGUGCAUUCCCACUCGUGUUUCCUGUACCUGGGCAGUAUACUGGUGGAUGAAUACGGUUCUGACAAGGACUGCACACAGGGACUAAUUGAUAUGUACCAGCACUUCUGCCCGCCUACGUUCAAGCUCCUUGAGGAACAGAAUGGGCUGCGUAACCACCCUGACACGGUUGACGAUCUCUUCCGGCUUAGUCUAAGAUUUAUACAGCGGGCUCCCAGGGCGUUCCUGCAGAGUGUUGCAGCCAAGCCUGUGUUGAUGUGUGCAAUAGCGGCCUGCUCUGUAGACCAUAAGGAUGCCAACGCGUCAGUCAUGAAGUUCAUCACGGAAUUGAUUAGGGCAGCAACUAACAAAGAUGAGCGGGAGGACUUUGAGGUGAGGAGUACGCUGGUGAGAUCUCUGCUGCAGGAGCACGGCCAGUCUCUCACCCAUUCUCUCGUCCACUCUAUCGUCUUCUGUCUGCCAACGUACAUGUGUGCCGAUAUCGCAGACGUCAUCUAUGAGAUUAUGCAAGUUGAUCGACCGACAUUCUGUGUUUGGUUAGAAAACGUUUUGAAGGCGAUGUCAACUGAGAAUACAGCUGGUGCAAUAAAGGUCACGCAUAAACAAUUGACAGAUUUCCAUAAAGCUGUGACUAGUGCGGAAAAAGUGACUCCAAUAUCAGACGCUCUUAGAGAAUUUGCCAGACUCUACAGAUAAAAGUGUGUGAAACAGUUUUAUGGAUUUAUACUUGGGCUGUGCUCUGUGAAAAAGAGGUUUUAUUUAUGUGCAUAAAGUGUCAUCCCAUAUAAGCCUGUGUAGUCCUCACAGGCUAAUCAGGUGCGACACUUUUCGCUUAUAUAUUUUCGGUUUAAAGAAAGUCUCUUCUUAGCAAACAUCCAGUUAAGGCAGAAAGUGUCGUCCCUGAUUAGCCUGUGCGGACUUCACUGGCUAAUCUGGGACAACACUUUACGCACAUGCAUUUAAAUCCCUUUUCACAGAGCACGGCUCAAGUUUAUAGAUUUAAUUUUUAUAGAUAGGCCCUAUAUGUGAGUCAAAUUGUUAAAGCCUUGUUACUUUCACUAAAGUAGCUAAUUUGGCAAAUCUGUGGAUGGUCGGUUCAAUUGGCAGUAAGAUUAUUUUAUGUUUUAGUGUUUUGUGCAUGGUUAUCUAUUUUAAUGAUAUAUGUUUUUGUAUUAAUUUCAAAACCAUGAACUUGUGUCAGUGACUGAAUUGUCCAUACUGGUUGGAAAAAAAGUGAAAUCUAUAUUUAAUUGUCCGAAAGGCACCAACUACAAAACGCUAAAACUAAAAAAAAACAGCCACUUUUAUGAAUCCAAAACCCUAUAAAGUUAGGCCCUGAUUUCCCAAUAAAAAUUAUCUUUCUGAUUAUUGGCCCUGGUACACAAUGGCACAUUUUAAAAUUAUCUUGGCGUUUAAGAGCAGGUGUUGAAUAAACUUCAUUUUAAAUAACAUACUUAUUUUCCAUUGACAGUGCAAUAUUCAAAGAUAAGAUAAACACAUUGAUUAUUGUAACACGAGUUUUUUUAAGGUGACUGACCUAGUUGAAUCAAAGAUAAAACAAUAUUUGCUGCUAACAUAAUGUCCUACAUGGCUGCACAAAUAUUUACGUUUCUGUUUUUUAUUAGCUAAAAUUUUAUUUUAUUUUAAAAAUGUAUAAUACAUUGUGAAAUCCUAUAUUGUCACUUUGCAAUUGCUCAAAAGCUUUUCUAUUUACUUUGUUUUACUAUCUUUUUUUCAAUAAAUAAAAUCAAUUAACUUAUUCACCAGAAUUAAUUAGGAUAUGUUUGUAUAAUAUGGAUCAGUACUUGAUUAAACACUGAUAAAGUGAUGUAAAUUAUUGAACUAAUUAUUAUCUAAAGGAAGGUAUGUAGGGUUCAGGCAGGCUGAAAUGACAGAAAUCUUCCUGGUAUAAUUCUUUACCAUUUGUUCAAAUUAUUCAGCAACUGGUGAAAACUUUGCUUGCCAUGACCCAUGAAAAUAGUGGUAAACAAUCAAUUUGUAUAAAACCACGAUGAUGAACUUCAAAAUAAUUUCAAACAAAUGUCCCUGGAAUGACCUUCUACUAAGUUUUCUU